AUGGCUUCAACAGUAGAUCGAUCUCCAGCGCAUUCUCCUCCGGGACAUGAUGCGAAACGUCCAAGAGGAAUCUUGAAGCACUCUUCCAGCACCUCUCGUUCUCACACAUCCCCGCCGCCGGCCGCGGCCCCAUCCACGUCUCCCCCAAAAGGCCGCGAGCGGUCCAUGUCGGGCAAGGAGCUCACUCUCGCCAAUACGCAAAUCAACGCUGGCCAUCGACGCUCUUCCUCCUCGGCUACCAGACCUCCCGGCUCGCGCCGCUCCUCAACCCACGAUCCCGACGGCCAAGCCGAGUCGUCACAGCGCCUCAAGUGGGACGAGGCCAACCUGUACCUGACGGAACAGGAGCGUACCUCUACUAUGAAGAUUACUGAACCCAAGACUCCCUAUGCGAAACACUACGACCCCGCCGAGGACCCAUCAGACGACGAGGAUAGUUUGGAGGGUGGUAGUCUUCGGCGUAAAGCUUCAGGUCCGGGCGGUGAGGAUGACAUUCCGGGCCUUAGCCUGGGCGAUCCGGAGGAAGAGAUUGCAGAAGCAGACGUUCCGGCGCAUGCGCGCCAACCCUCCGAAAAGACGGUUCAUGUGGAUGAUCAAGACGCCACCCCCUCCGCCGAAGAGGAGCUGGUGGGCAUCUCCCCAGAGGAACGAGAAAAGCACCGUCAGUUCGAAGCCGCCCGCAAGAAGCACUACGAUAUGCACAACGUCGCGCAACUCCUUGGCAACCCAGAAUCCAUCCCGGACGACGAGGAAGACGACCAAGAGUCCAAGGGUGCCGCCAAUGUUAUUGUUGAAGAGAAGGAACCCGCUCCUGGUGGUUUGUCACCAAUUUUGUCGGCAACAGCACGCAGCUUGAGCUGGAUGUCGUUGCCGUCGCUGGGCUCGUACGUUUCCUUUGGCGCACAGCCAGAAGAAAUCCAGUCCCCAAAGCCUGCAGAGACAUCGCCGCCAUUACCAACAGCACCGCCAUCUUCCCCAACCUUUCUGCGCCGAUUAUCGUUAUCCUCCAUACCCAGCGUCAUUUCUCUCAACCGCCCACCCGAAGAAGUAGAAGUGUCGCCCAAGACCUCACCGCCAGUACCGGAACCAGCGUCUCCAGGACUAAGCUUCUUGUCACUCCCCUCACUACGCAGCCUCGCCUCUCUAAGUCGCCAAGAAGAAGUCGAAAUGCAAUCUCCAGAUAUCGCAAUUAUCCCGCCGUCGACAUCUGGCUCAUCUGGAUCGGCGCGAAAACGCAACAGGUUACAAAAACGCAGACCUGGAACCAAGAGAAAACGCAACCGGUACCUGAUUUACAUCUUUCCUAUCGUUAUUAAGCGCCGACGUAUCAUGGUGGAUGUUGGGACACAGACUGAUCCUCUUCCUCCGGUGGAUGCAUCUCCAAAACGGAGGAGCUUUUUGUUCGGGCUUGGGUUACGAAGUGCCUGA